AUGAGUCUCAUUUCCUCUCCCUUCGCCUCUCUCACCUCCGACCCCAAGCCCAAAUCGUUCAUCAACCUCCUCCUCUCGCGCGAAGACUUCGACCUCUCCGCCUCGGACUACAACAGCGAUAUCGACACGAUCAAGGACCUGAGUCGCGUGUGGAGGAAGAUGGGGAUCAGCGAGGAGGAGGGAGCAAGGAGGACGGUGUUGCUUUGCGACGACGAGGGGGAUGCGGUCCUCCAACCCCACUCGCACCUCCCCAUUCCUCCCUUCGUCCCCUCCCUCUCGCUCUCCACCGACUCCUCCCUCCUCCGUACAAUCUCCGCCCUCGAACUCCUCUCGCACGAAAGCAACGUCGCUGCGUUCAUUCGCUCGGGUGGGCUGGAGGAGGUGAGGCAGGAGGAGGGGAGGAGGGAGUGUGAGGAGGCGAGUGUUGAGGUGAGGAGUGGGUUCGAUGCGGAGUGGUGGAGGAGAGUGGCGCGAGGAGAGGAGGCGUGA